UUGAAGAGAACAGCUCGGGUGGAACAGUUCAUAUCUUACAAAGGAACAGUAGUUUCCACAAUGGAUCGGCAAAAGGCUAGCCUGUCCCCCUCCACCCUCCAGGAGUCCCCAGGUCAAUCUCCUCUCUGUACUUUACUGCUGGUUCUGGUCGACUGCUUGAAAACACCGGGGCAGACUGGAACUGAGAGACUAGAAGAGGAACAUGGAGAUAUGAUUUCAUUAAGGGACAUCUGUAAUGGUUGCUCUCUAAGUGGGAGGGGCUUAUCAUCUGGGGAGCCUCAACAACAUCAUGAUGCUGAGAAGAAAGAGAAGAGUCUCUCCAGAUCGAAACACCGGCAUAGAGGUAUAGGGAAGAAACCUCACCGCUGCUCUGUCUGUGGGAAGAGUUUUGCUAAACAAGACUUGACUAUUCAUGAGCAAAUUCACACCAGAGAGAAACUAUUCCACUGCUCUAAGUACGGGAAGAGUUUCACUGCAUCUAAAACUUUAAAAUCUCAUCAGAGAAUUCAUACAGGGGAGAGGCCUUACCCCUACUUUGGUUGUGAGAAAUGCUUCAAACAAUGGAUUCCAGACUACACAAAACACACAGGACCGCCUUAUAGCUGUGAUCAGUGUGGGAAGAGCUUCAAUCAAUCAGGAAACCUGACUAUACACCAACACAUACACACAGGAGAGAAGCCUUAUAGCUGUGAUCAGUGUGGGAAGAGCUUCAGUCGAUCAGGAGACCUGACUACACACCAACGCAUACACACAGGAGAGAAGCCUUAUAGCUGUGAUCAGUGUGGGAAGAGCUUCAGUCGAUCAGGAGACCUGACUAAACACAAACGCAUACACACAGGAGAGAAGCCUUAUAGCUGUGAUCAGUGUGGGAAGAGCUUCAGUCGAACUGGAGACCUGACUAAACACCAACGCAUACACACAGGAGAGAAGCCUUAUUGCUGUGAUCAGUGUGGGAAGAGCUUCAAUCAAUCAGGAAACCUGACUAAACACCAACGCAUACAUACAGGAGAGAAGCCUCAUAGCUGUGAUCAGUGUGAGAAGAGUUUCAGGACGUCAGAUCACCUGACUAUACACCAAACCAUACACACAGGAGAGAAGCCUUAUAGCUGUGAUCAGUGUGGGAAGAGCUUCAAUGAAUCAGGAAACCUGACUAAACACCAACGCAUACACACAGGAGAGAAGCCUUAUAGCUGUGAUCAGUGUGGGAAAAGCUUCAAUCAAUCAGGACACCUGACUAAACACCAACGCAUACACACAGGAGAGAAGCCUUAUAGCUGUGAUCAGUGUGGGAAGAGCUUCAAUGAAUCAGGAAACCUGACUAAACACCAACGCAUACACACAGGAGAGAAGCCUUAUAGCUGUGAUCAUUGUGGGAAGAGCUUCAAUCAGUCAGUAAAGCUGACUACACACCAACGCAUACACACAGGAGAGAAGCCUUAUAGCUGUGAUCAGUGUGGGAAGAGCUUCAAUGAAUCAGGAAACCUGACUACACACCAACGCAUACACACAGGAGAGAAGCCUUAUAGCUGUGAUCAGUGUGGAAAGAGUUUUGCUCUAGAUUUCACCCUGACUACACACCAGCGAAUACACACUGGAGAGAAACCUUAUUCCUGUCUAUGUGGAAAGAUCUUUGCUCAUUCAGGGUCACUGAAAAAACACCAGGAUGCACAAAUAUGUUGUUUUUUAUCUCCCUCCUCUCCGGCACCAGUUUCAGAUCUCUAAAGGAAGUUUCAAUAGAAAACAUAUUGUAAAGAGUCAUCCAUCUCCCAUUCGCUAACAGUUUACUCAGUCUGAUUACCAAGGUAACCUGUGUAGCAUGAUAUGCAGCUCUGGAUCCAUAUGUAUCAAGCGUCUUGGAGUAGGAGUUCUGUAUCUUAUUUCAUUAACUCCUAUUGUCCAUUAAAUAAUGUAGAAUAAUGUUUCAACAAUUGUAGGCAUUCAACACCAUAGUACCCUCCAAGCUCGUCAUCAAGCUCGAGACCCUGGGUCUCGACCCCGCCCUGUGCAACUGGGUACUGGACUUCCUGACGGGCCGCCCCCAGGUGGUGAGGGUAGGCAACAACAUCUCCUCCCCGCUGAUCCUCAACACUGGGGCCCCACAAGGGUGCGUUCUGAGCCCUCUCCUGUACUCCCUGUUCACCCACGACUGCUUGGCCACGCACGCCUCCAACUCAAUCAUCAAGUUUGCGGACGACACAACAGUGGUAGGCUUGAUUACCAACAACGACGAGACGGCCUACAAGGAGGAGGUGAGGGCCCUCGGAGUGUGGUGUCAGGAAAAUAACCUCACACUCAACGUCAACAAAACUAAGGAGAUGAUUGUGGACUUCAGGAAACAGCAGAGGGAACACCCCCCCUAUCCACAUCGAUGGAACAGUAGUGGAGAGGGUAGCAAGUUUUAAGUUCCUCGGCAUACACAUCACAGACAAACUGAAUUGGUCCACUCACACUGACAGCGUCGUGAAGAAGGCGCAGCAGCGCCUCUUCAACCUCAGGAGGCUGAAGAAAUUCGGCUUGUCACCAAAAGCACUCACAAACUUCUACAGAUGCACAAUCGAGAGCAUCCUGGCGGGCUGUAUCACCGCCUGGUACGGCAACUGCUCCGCCCUCAACCGUAAGGCUCUCCAGAGGGUAGUGAGGUCUGCACAACGCAUCACCAGGGGCAAACUACCUGCCCUCCAGGACACCUACACCACCCGAUGUUACAGGAAGGCCAUAAAGAUCAUCAAGGACAUCAACCACCCGAGCCACUGCCUGUUCACCCCGCUAUCAUCCAGAAGGCGAGGUCAGUACAGGUGCAUCAAAGCUGGGACCGAGAGACUGAAAAACAGCUUCUAUCUCAAGGCCAUCAGACUGUUAAACAGCCACCACUAACAUUGAGUGGCUGCUGCCAACACACUGACAUUGACCCAACUCCAGCCACUUUAAUAAUGGGAAUUGAUGGGAAAUGAUGUAAAUAUAUCACUAGCCACUUUAAACAAUGCUACCAUAUAUAAUGUUACUUACCCUACAUUAUUCAUCUCAUAUGCAUACGUAUAUACUGUACUCUAUAUCAUUGACUGCAUCCUUAUGUAAUACAUGUAUCACUAGCCACUUUAACUAUGCCACUUUGUUUACUUUGUCUACAUACUCAUCUCAUGUGUAUAUACUGUACUCGAUACCAUCUACUGUAUGCUGCCCUGUACCAUCACUCAUUCAUAUAUCCUUAUGUACAUAUUCUUUAUCCCCUUACACUGUGUAUAAGACAGUAGUUUUGGAAUUGUUAGUUAGAUUACUUGUUGGUUAUCACUGCAUUGUCGAAACUAGAAGCACAAGCAUUUCGCUACACUCGCAUUAACAUCUGCUAACCAUGUGUAUGUGACAAAUAAAAUUUGAUUUGAUUCAUUCUUA